CCAUAAAAGCCUUCUUCUUCCCCCUCCGCUUUUCAUCUCUCCUCAUUCUCCCUUCUCUCUAAAAUUCUCUCUCUCUUCAGCCUUCAGAUCUCUAAACCUCUAUGGCCACGUCAUCGCCGUCGCCGACGACGUCGUAUUGGUGCUACAGAUGCACUCGCUUCGUCCGUGUCUGGGUCCAGGACUCUACCCUCUCAUGCCCCCACUGCGAAACCGGUUUUCUGGAAGAGAUCGAAACGACGCCGCACCCACAGCCACCGCCGAUCCAUCACCACCGUCGAUUCCCGUCCUCCCACGUCCACGAUCAAAACCCGGCUCCGACUUCCCGCCGAGUCCGUCGGGCCCCCGUGGACAGGUCCUCCCCCUUCAACCCGGUUAUUGUCCUACGUGGCGGGGCCGAGUCAAAUACUGAGUCCAACUCGUUCGAGCUUUACUACGACGACGCUGCCGGGUCGGGGCUCCAGCCCCUCCCGCCCACCAUGUCGGAGAUCUUAAUGGGCUCGGGCUUCGACCGGUUGCUCGACCAGCUCUCCCAGAUUGAAAUCACCGGGCUGGGCCGACCCGAAAAUCCGCCCGCGUCUAAAUCAGCCGUGGACUCUAUGCCCGUUGUUCAAAUCGGCGAAACACACGUCGUGUCGGAUGCGCACUGCGCGGUCUGCAAGGAAGCAUUCGAACUCGGGUCGGAGGCCCGAGAAAUGCCGUGUAAGCACAUAUACCACUCGGAUUGCAUCCUCCCCUGGCUUGCUAUGCGAAACUCAUGCCCGGUUUGCCGGCACGAGCUUCCCGCCGACCGAAAUGACCGAACUUCGGAUCCGGGUCUCGACGAAGAGACCAUGGGGCUGACCAUCUGGAGAUUACCCGGCGGUGGGUUCGCUGUGGGGAGAUUCUCCGGCGGCAGACGACCCGGAGAGAGGGAAUUGCCGGUUGUGUACACGGAAAUGGAUGGCCCAUUCAACGGGAACGGGGCUCCGAGAAGGGUACUAUGGUCAUCGAGAAGUAGAGGAAGUGAGAGUCGUGGGAUUCGCAGGGCUUUCCGUAAUCUGGCGUCGUUUUGGGGUCGGUUUAGGUCCAAUUCGUCUUCUUCGAGGUCCGGGUCCGAAUCCGGGUCGGUUUUCAGCAGAAGUCAGAGUCACUCAAGUUCGGUGUUUGGCCGGUUCGUCCAGAGGCGUAGCAGGGCUUGGGUGUUGGAUGAUUAAAAGGGCCGCAAAUUUUGUUUCUUUUUGGGGUGUUAUUUAUUUAUUUUUAUAUUCAUCACUGUAUAUACUUUUAUAGCAUUGGAGUUUCGAAGAGUUUCAAGUUUUUGCCGGAUUUGGGUUCUGUGUUCAUGACAAAAGCAACUGAGCUGAGAACUAGCAGGCCUCUGUUUUAAAGCAAAAUUUGCUUAAAAGGUAGCAUUUUACAGCAAAUUCGAAAUGGAGUUCUUAAAACUUAA